GCCCAUUCAAACUCAUUCGUCAACAGACUCUCGUGCGGUUCGGUUCUCAGCCUCUGAAUUCAGCAGCCCAAAUCACAGUCGCAAGUCACUGGUCACUGGUUUAUGGUCACUGGUCGCAGUUUAAAAUCGCACAUUUACUGCUUCAGUAUCCGGUUUUCGAAAAUAUUCGAAAGUGCUGAACACACUUUUUUUUUGGUUUUUGUGAUAAGCUAAGAAAUUGAGUAUAUACAGAGCUUUGGCGGGCGAGCCAAAAGCGUUUUGAAUACCGUUUUUCAAUUCAAGAAACGACCGAGCCGAAGUGAAAGUGUGUGUGGCAAAAAUUUGAAUCCCAUUUGCGUUCCGAAUCGGAGAAGGAUUUAGCGGAGAAAGCUUAAGAGACAGAGAAAACACCGCAGUCAAAGAACCAUGCGUCGCUCCUCGUUCACGCCCGUCUUCAACCUGAGCACCCAGGAGCCGCUGAUCGUGGUGGAGGAGUCGCACACCGCCGAAGAUGGCGGCGACCUUGAGGGGGCGGCCGGCGGUUGCGACCCGAACGCCUCCGGCACCCGGCGCUCCAAUAGCGACGACUCCGAGCCGGACUCGCCGGUGAAUCCCUACCUGCUCUGCCCCUUCCCCGACAUGCAGCAGCGGCGCAAGCACUCGCUGCCCUCGCUCCAGAUCACCGAGGGCAUCACCGCCAGCCAGGUGCGCCGCCUGUCGGAGGUGGGCGGCGAGACCGGCGGGCUGAGUCCCAAGGAGGUCGAGUUCCUGGCCACGCUCUCCCAGAAGGCCAAUCCCUCGGCCGGCGGACGCCGCCACUCGGUGGUGACCAUCUCGGCGGUGCCGCCAACGCUAUUCGGACGCAACCGCCGCGAGUCCAUUUCCGGUGUAUCCUUCAGUGGCAGUCGCCGUGGCAGCGUGAUCGCCGGACCGCCGCUGACCGACCACCGCGGCAGCGUGCACAACUUGCAGCUGGACAUCAUGGACGGCAUCGUGCAGCAGCGGAAGACGCGCAGCGGCAGCGGCGUUUGGACAGCGCCCGUUCUGCAGGAGGCGGACAGCAAUGUGCCCGUGCAGACAUAAGCGGCGCAAGGACACGCAGGACAUGGGGGGGAUGAAUGGAGGGAUGGAUGGCGGGAUGGAUGGAGCUAUGGAUUUAUGGAAUUUCUGGAGUUUCUGGAAUUCCUGGCAUGAGAGCAGGAUGAUGGCUGGACGGAUCGACAGAUGUGCAGAUGGAUUGGGCGGACGUGGACACUGGGCAAUGCAAACAAAUGCCCGGAUACUCCGCCACUCGAACAGCAACUGGACCUUUAUUAACAUUCCGUGUAUUUACCACCCCACCCCCUUAUCCCAACCCACCCCCCCUUUCCCUCCGAUUUUCCGCCGGGAAAUUGCUUUUCGCGGCUGCCGCAUGAAGCAAACAAACCAACCACAAAACCGCAUGAAAAAGAAGAAAAAUUCGCACGAAAAAUGGCAGAGAAUGCUGGGCGGGGUACAGAAAAAAAAAAUAAACAAAAAAUUACAAAAAAAGAAAAUAUAAAACUUCGAAAAAUGAAAAACUGCAGUUAAACAAUAGAGCGGGAUGGCGAGCCGAG